AUGGAUCAUGUCAACCACACGUGGAUCCAGAGUUUCAUCCUUGUUGGUUUCACUGCCACUGGAACUCUGCGACUUCUUGCAUUCUCAGGGACCCUGUGCAUCUAUCUGCUCACCCUGGCAGGGAACUUGUUCAUCAUUGUCCUCGUUCAAGCAGAUUCUGGACUAUCCACACCCAUGUACUUCUUCAUCAGUGUCCUCUCCUUCUUGGAACUCUGGUAUGUCAGCACCACAGUGCCCACACUGCUGCAUACCUUGCUCCAUGGACAUUCACCCAUCUCAUCAGCUGUGUGCUUCAUCCAGUUAUAUGUCUUCCAUUCCUUGGGCAUGACUGAGUGUUAUCUGUUGGGUGUCAUGGCGUUGGACCGCUACUUCGCCAUCUGUCACCCUCUCCACUACCAUGCACUCGUGAGCAGAAAGGUACAGUUAUGGCUAGCAGGGACCACUUGGAUGGCUGGCUUCUCAGCUGCACUUGUGCCAGCCAGCCUCACAGUCACUUUGCCCUUCUGUUCAAAAGAGGUGGCCCAUUACUUUUGUGACCUGGCCCCACUAAUGCGAUUGGCGUGUGUGGACACAAGCUGGUGUGCUCAAGUCCAUAUUGUAGUGAUUGGUAUGAUCAAUGCAUGCAAUCUUGUGCUCAUUUUAGGACUCUAUGGGGGUAUCCUGAGAGCUGUGCUGAAGCUGCCCUCAGCUGCCAGCCGUGCCAAGGCCUUCUCCACCUGUUCCUCCCACAUAACUGUAGUAACACUAUUCUUUGGAUCUGCCUUCAUUGUCUAUGUGGGGCCAGCUGGGAGUCGACCUGAGGGCACAGACAAGCUUAUUGCCUUGGUGUAUUCUUUUCUUACCCCUUUUCUCAACCCAAUUAUUUAUACUCUUCCUAAUAAAGAAGUGAGGGAGGCUGUCAGGAGGGUCAGUCAGAGGAUUAGGGCCAUGUUGAAGGGACCCUGAGGAUCUGUAGAGUCAUAGGCAUUCAUUUGGUAAAUGUAAGAUUUAGUUGAUUAGUCAGUCAACUAAUCUAAUAAUCAGUCAAAUAAUUUGUCAAACACACUUCAUAGACCAACUAAAGUGGACUGAGUCUUGGAUUGUGACAAAUCGGGAUAUUUGUAAAGGGAGAAGAAAUAUGUCCUCUAAACCCAUACCUAUCUAAUAUGGGUGAAAGGAUACAUAAGUAAAAAAAUAGCCAAAAAAUAAGGAUGCAAGUGUAAACUUUUAGGUAGACUUAGAGAGAGAUAGAACUGUGUUUGAAAGAGUUUGUAAGAACCAAAGCUGACUGUGGGAUUGUGUUUAAGAUAGGGUUCCUGGAGAAGAACUGAGAAAAUAGUAAAUGAGGUUAGCAAAAAAAUAAAUAAAUAAAGGAACUUCUUGGGUACAUGUUCAGAUAUAGAUCAGUAAGUUAUGAAAGGAGAGCUCAUGAGAACGUUGAGUUCGGUGUUCCUGGGUGAUCCUGCAAUAAAAGAGUGUCUGGGUUUCAUGUUUUUUCCUAAAGAUGUUGAAAUAUUUUAUUUCUAGUGCAAAGAUGACUAGGUGUUUAUUUUAACUUAUUUUACCAGAAGGAAAAUGUAUGUGGGGUGACAUACAGUAACAUUGGCUUCCCUCUCAAUUCAGGAAUCCUGACUAGAAUAAUGAAAUGUUCUGGAAUCCCAACUUAUUUAAUGUGGAUGGGCUGUCCCACUUGAGUUUGCUUUUUUGUAUGACAAUGUAGCCUCAGCCUCAAGUCAAUUUUCCCUAACCAUCCAGCCCAGAUUUGGACUACACUCUCUGCUCUGAACUAUGGUAGGUCAUAAGUAAAGGGAAACCCAUUUUAAUAUUAUUAAACUAUGAAGACUAAUGCUGUGGGUAGAGAAAAACAGCAACAAUAGCAGAAAUCGAACCUGUGAUUCUUUCCUUUCCCAAGUCAAAGCAAUUUUUCUUUUGUUGUGAGAAGUUGAUGGGAGUAGGAGAGAUGGGCUCAUACUGGUAAGACAAUAAGACUAGGUUCAAGUCUCAGGUUAAGUCAACAUUCAAUGUUUGAAGCCUUACUUUGAGCAAACACCAUUUGCAGCUAGGCAUUGAAUCACUGAACUCCUGAGUUAGGCAUCUGGCAAAAACCCAUCUGUCUUUACAGAAGAUAAAACUGAAGUGAAGAUGUGGGAAAUAACUUAACCAAGGUUGCAUGGGAAUUUAGAAAUAGGCUGGAAAUGGGAUAGCCAAAGUUUUCUAACCCUUCCCAUUAUGUCACUACACCAUUUGGCCUCUAAGUUGCCUUCUUACCUGAAGCAGAAUGUCUGUGGCACUGAGCACCAUGCAGCAGGAGAAGUGGGUGGGAAUGAAAAUUUGGUGAGUGAUAGACGUCUUCUGGGAGCCUAUCUCUCCCACAGAGUAACUCUCCUACUCAUAGAGAACAUGGCCUGCCAUGGAUUUUUACAAGGCUUUCUCUGGUCAGCCUUUUUGCUCUAGGCCUCCUGCCAUCUCUAUUUUCCUUUCUGGAGUAGGAAUGGACUCUCUACUUCAUAGAACCAUUCCAUGCUCUUGCUUAAUUCCAUAAUCUCUUAUGCAAACAAACCAUUUAUGCUUGAAUAUCUUGUGUCUAUUUUCUCAUUAAAUUUCCCACAGUGGGAAAAUGGAUAAGUGUCUUUCAAAAGUCAGUUAGUAGGGUAAAGAAUUCAGUUCAAAAAUUUUAGCUCUACUGAGUAAGAGGAAAGAACAAUAUUUUAAAAACAGAAGAUCUGAUUCUGCUGACUGAAUCUUUACCCUCCCUCCCAUUCAUGCCAGCUGUGGGUUUUUCAGAACCUGUAUGAACCCUUGAAUCAGGUCACAUAUAAUUUUUCACUUAAGUGUAGGCUAGCUGGAGAAAAUCCUUUUAAACAUAAUUUAUACGAGCCUACAGAAGCAUUAUUGGAAAGGUAUUUUGUUCUCUACAGUCAUAAAGUUCUAAAAAUAAGAAAUUAUAGGCAAUUUCUUCAGUUCUUUAAUUCAGAGAACAAGUCACUAAACCAUUUUGAACCGUCCCCAAAUACAGGGACGUUGAUUAGUGGUGGGAUAAAUGAGCUUCAACAAAUCACCUGGAAUGUUCUCAGGUAAACCUUAACUGUGGAUAAGGAAUUUUAUCUUAAUGAGAAUGUGCAUCUGCGACCUUCUAAAUUAGAAACUUUGAGGGUGGGAUCUAGCAAUUUGUGUUUUAACAAGCCUCAAGCUGACCUGAAGCAAGUUCAAGUCUCAGAAGCACUGAUCUGAUUGGUGAGAUUGGAAGAGGAACGGGGCAUGUGUAGCCCCGUCCUUUCCUCGGCUCCUCUCCUUGGGAGCCAGCCUGCCCAGUUUGUGUGUUCUGCUCUCUACUCUGGAGUGGAAGGGGAUUGUCUCUGCGGAGGAAGUCUGUGGCUUUCAGGGCUUCCUGGUAAUCAGAUGGGAGAACCAUGAGGAAAAAUAACACACCCACUAUGAUAGUAAGAUAUUUGAAUACCCUCCCCUGAGUAAAUAAUAUACCAGGUGGAUAAAUCCUAAGUGAGUGUAUAAAAAAUUUAGAGAAUAAUUAACAAGACCCACCCACUGAAGGCAUAUAGAGUACAGAUCAACUUCACGCACAUGUGGAAUUAAACAAAUGCUAGGUUAUAAAAUAAGGCUUACUGAAAUUUUGUAGCUUUUGUUCUGGAGAUCUAAUGUACAGCAUGGUGACUACACUUAAUGAUACUGUUUUGUACGCUUUUUUCCUUUUAUUUGCUAAGAGGGUAGACCCUAAGCAUUCCUACCACAAAAAUAAAUAAAUAAAUAAAUAAAAGCAAAGAAAGAAAAUGGUAACUAUGGGAGGUGACAGAUAUUUUAGUUAGCUUGAUUGUGGUGGUCAUUUUGCAAUGUACAAGUAUAUCAAAACAUCAAGUUGUACACCUUAAAUACAUAAAAUUUCUAUUUGUC